ACUAUUUUAAUGUAUUUCCCGUUUCAAACUCUAAACCUGCGACAAGAAGUGAAAUUAACCCAAUUUUGAAUACAACUAAUUGACAGCCACCAUUCAUCAGAAACACUCUGAAUUCAGUUUGUGCAUAGCAUUUCAUAGGUGAUAAAAAUAUAUAUAUUAUUCAGCACUUGAAAAUUUUGGAAAUGGCUGCAAAGCAAAUGGAAGAAGUGCAGAGGAAAUUAGCGAUGCUGAAUUACCCAAGAUCUAAUGCUCCUGCCCAGUCCCUCCUCUUUGCCGGCAUGGAACGCUAUGCCCUUCUCGAAUGGCUAUUCUUCAAAUUAUUGGGUGAUAAAUCCCCGUUUUCACAGCAAAAUCUACAAGGGGAUGGAGUGGAUCGUGACGAGGAAACCUCCCGUAUUCAAUAUUUGGCGGAAAUUGCGAAAUUUCUGGGUAUUACUACUACCAUUGACACAGAAGCCAUCCAAGGACGAGGAAGCUAUGAAGAUCGCACUGAAAUGCUUCGCCUUAUUGUAGAUCUUGUAGAGGCAAGCAUCUAUGCUGACAAUCCUGAAUGGAGUGUUGACGAGCAGGUGGCAAGAGACAUACAAUUAAUAGAUGCCAUAGCUGAGAAACAAGCUCAAAUAUUUACUGAAGAGUGCAAGUUGUUUCCUGCUGAUGUGCAAAUUCAAUCUAUAUAUCCAUUGCCGGACGUAUCUGAUUUGGAAAAGCAACUUUCAGAUCAAUCAAACAGACUUCUGAGUCUUCAAGAAAUGGUUGAUGAUCUAGCUUCAAAGCAUCCCUACAAUCCUGACGAGAAUUACACGGAAGUUGAAGCAAAAUUGAGGGAACAUCUGGAAUCUUUUCUCGAAACUGCAAGAUCCUUCAAUGCAAUUUACACCAAGGAAAUCCGACCUUGGACUCACAUGAUGGAGGUACCGCAGCUACAUGGCUUUGGACCAGCGGCAAAUAGAUUACUAGAAGCAUAUAAGAUGCUUUUGAAGUUUUUAGGGAACUUACGGAACCUUAGAGAUUCACACGCUGCAGUUGCAGUUGGGUCUUCUGAAACUGUGGCUGGUGAACCAUCUUCUGUAAUGAGAAUAAUCUCCGAAUGCGAAAGUGCAUUGACAUUCUUGAACCGCGAUCUUGGGAUUCUCUCUGCAUCUAUUGCUCGUGAGAAGGGCGAAGAGUUGAAUUUGUAACUAAAUGGUGUAGAAGGAGAAGGAACAACACUUUGCAAAGCUUCAAGUUCUUCCCCUUUUCAUGGAAUGGACGCAUUUGAAAUUUAGAGAAGUUACUGUUUUUGAAAUUGUGGGGCUCGUUUGUUUGCUCGUCCCUUCUAGAUAAGAGAUAUGUCGAUAAGGAGUUGGUAUGGUAUUGGCUUGAGUUCUCGUCCACCGGUUAUGAUGUUGAACAUUCUGUGUUGUAUUCGAAGAACCAUGGGGAAUGUUCUCCUUUUGUCUUGCUAUUUCGAAAGUUCAAUUUACUCCCAAUCAUGCUGCAA